CUGUUGAUGCUGCUCCCUAUAGCUACUGCCGAUAAUGUCUUUUCUUGGUUUUGGUGCUGCUCAACCCAAGCUCUCGUCAGAACAGAAAAUUGCUGCUGCUGAAGCAGAGUUGGACAUGGUCACAGAUAUGUUCAACAGGCUAGUUUCCACAUGCCACUCCAAAUGCAUCACUUCUUCCUCCAGCUACUACGAGGGCGAUAUCAACAAGAAUGAAGGUCUUUGUAUCGACAGGUGUGUUGCCAAAUACUUCGAUGUCAACGUCAAGGUUGGCGAGCAGAUGCAGAAGUUGGGCCAGAAUGGUACCUUUAUGGGCAAGCGAUAGAAGAGCCACUCGAAAUGUUCUGGUUGCCCUGUAAAUAGCUCAAUAGAAGGUUUAAUAAACAUUAAAGUUGUUCCGCUGAAUCCUUUUUCACAAACACAAGUUUUCACUAAUCAGCAUAUUAUAAUGCUUCUAGUUCUUUUCCUCUUCUUAAUUCCAAUUCCCAAUUC